UAAUUAACCACUCAGAAAAUCACUGUGUAAUCUGGUGUAAAUGCCGUUGAAAAGGCAGUCUGUUCCCGACGUUUUUGGAUUAUUAUGAAAUACAAAAGCGGAACGGAUAUGUUAUUGUGUUAAAAACUCGUAUUUACAUACAGCAUACAGCAUGAGAGACUGUCGUCGUACUUGCGGAAGAUGACAUAAACUCAGCCAGUAACAAGUCCUUGAAACAUGGUGUCAACUGAAGUAAACACUGAACAGAAUACUAUAAAUGUUGACUGGGAAAGAUUUGGUUUGGGAGAUAACACACAGAGAAAUAAUGCUACUGAAAGAAGCAGAGGUCAAGGGACUAGUCAAAGAACAUAUGAUACAGAAUAUCAGUUUGGUCCAGGAGGUCAUCAAGCAUCUAAUGCAAAUGAGCUGUUUGCUGAAGAACAAGGUGAUAAACCAUGGUGGAAAUCAAACUUUUUCAUAUCUGAGCCUGUGCUGUUUGGUCAGUGGGAUGGAGUUUUCACUUCGUGCCUAAUAAAUAUAUUUGGUGUCAUUGUAUUUUUACGAUCAGGAUGGAUUGUAGCACAAGCUGGCGUUCUGAAUGCAGUCCUUAUUGUCUUAGCUACUGUGGCUGUUGCACUUGUGUCAGUUCUCUCUGCUGUUGGAAUUUGUGAACGAUGUCGCAUGGAAAGUGGUGGAGUGUAUUUUCUGGUUGCACAUGUCCUUGGUUCACAGUAUGGAGGAGCUCUGGGGCUACUGUAUGUCUUUGGCCAGGCAGUGGGAUGUGCCUUGAAUGUGUUGGGAUUUGGUGAAUCCAUAGCUGGCCUAUUUAGUCUGACAGAUACACCUUGGGCUACUCGAGGUUUUGCUAGUGCCGCUGUUCUUCUCUUAGGAAUCAUUAAUGUAGCAGGUGUCAAGUGGGUCGUGAAACUACAAUUCCUACUACUCAUUAUUCUUCUCCUCGCUGGUCUGGACUUUGCUGUGGGCAGCUUUGUACAUACAGAUGCUGCAAGUGGUUUUACUGGUUGGAUGACAGGGCGACUGACAGAUAAUACGUUUCCUGAUUACCAUGAUGGCUACAGCUGGUUCACAGUGUUUGGCGUUUUCUUUCCCACUGUAACUGGGGUAAUGGCAGGCAUCAAUAUGAGUGGAGAUCUUCGUUACCCUUCACGGGAUAUCCCAAAUGGAACUCUUGCUGCAAUGGGUACUGGGACACUUCUCUAUCUGAUUUUUGUGCUGUUCCUGGGAUCAACAUGUCAACGCUAUGUUUUACUCACAGACUUCAUGAUUGCCUCUAAAGUUUCUGUUGUUAGUGUUUUAUUGCUAGCUGGUUUGUACGUGUCUUCAAUGUCCAGCUGCCUGGGGGCAAUGUACGGUACACCACGUGUCCUACAGUCAGUUGCCAAUGAGAAUGUUAUACCUAUCAUACAAAUAUUAGGACGAGGGCGGGGUCCCAAUAAAGUGCCACUGUAUUCAUUGGCAGUGGUUGCAGUCGUUACGCUGACUUUCAUCCUAGUUGGACAGAUAAAUACACUUGCACCUGUUGUCACCAUGCCUUUCCUGAUUACAUAUGCCUCUAUUGAUUACGCAUACUUUGCAUUGGCACAGACACAUGAUAUUCACCAGAGACGUGAAGACAGAUUUAGAGCACAAGAAUUUAUUACUGGUUCGUCUGAUGGUGUAAGACAUUAUGGAGGUACUAUAGAACGAUCCGAAGAUCAGUUUUCAUCUGGCGAUCUGGACACUUUGUUCCCUGAAAGGCUGCAACAUAGGAAGGAAAUGAUUUUACAACGUUCUUCAAGUCUGGUGUCAUCUCCAGAAGAACAGACUACAUCUCAAGCAGGAAAUCAUCAACCAGCUGUCCAGAAUGCACACAUUCAUUCGAAACUGAAAAACUGGUACUCACCAUUCUGCAACAGGUGGCUGUCACUUGGAGGUGUUGCUGUAAAAAUUUUGAUUAUGUUUCUUGUGCAUUGGGGAUAUGCCCUAGCAAAUAUCAUUGCUGUUUUCCUUGUGUGGUUCUAUAUUGGGCAUGCAAAUCCAGCUGUUAAACCUGGAAUAUCUUCAGAAUUUAAAUUCUUCCGUUGGCUGAAGAAUGUCCUCCUCAGAUGCAUGGGGAGAAGAGUGCAAGAAUAUGAGCAGAUUAUUGUUACACCUGUACACCCAGGAAUGGAGACACUCUCAUCACAAAUUAAUGAAGAUAAUGAAGAUUUUGCCAAUAGGAGAAGGUAUCACCAGACAUCAACUGUGCAAGGGCGCUUUGUUGAGAUUGAUGAUGAUGAUUAAAAGUUUAAUAAAUAGAUCAUAUGUAAAACAGAUUCAUAUUAGCAAGAACAUGACAAGCUUGUUGCUAGGUUGUGUGUGUCCUGGUAAUACAAGCUUUAUUUAUUAUUAUUAUUAUUAUUAUAUUUAAUCCAGUAAAAACUAUGAUGGGAUAGGAAGACACGCUCCUCAGAAAAUGUUGGACAUUAGGGGAAUUAGUGUUUCAAGGAAAGAUUAUUCUGAGAGAAGGCCAAAAUGUACAGGUAUAAUGCUGUAUGGCAACAAUCCCAGCAAAAUUAUCCUUAGUUUGGCUUCAUGUUUCUGGCAUGUAAAUAAUAAUCUUCAUUAGCAGCAAGAGUUAAAGAUUCCCUUUUAAAUUAAUAACAGGAAGGCAUUGGGCUGAUACACUUGUUUUAGGUUUGAAUUUACCUGGUUCUUUGAAUACUGUUUCUCAUAAUUGCAGAAUAAUCACCUGAAUACACAAAAAACAAAUAUCAGUUUGUCACUUGCAAGUAGCGCUUCUAAACUCCGACUUAAAAUGCAUCACUUGGUUCGGGGAAAUAUUUUAAAGUUUACUUCACCCACUGUUAUUUGCCAGUGUGAAUGUUCACAAUGUUUUAUUGUAAAGCCUUUAUUCACAAAGUAACAGAUUUUAUAAUAUACAUUUGUCACUUUCGGGUAUGAUAUUCUGAACAAAUUUGAGACAUACUUCUUAUAACAAUAAGAUUGGUUGUAAAUAUAACACACUAGACGUGUCCUAAAUAAUUGAUGAAAACUAACCACAAUAAGUACAAUUUCUAUUACAACUAAGAUUGUAAUUCAAACAAAACAAGGGUUAGUAUCACUGUGAUUUUUUUAAUGAGAAUUUUUAAUUACUGUGCCAUGAAACUAUAAACAGGUUGUACUGUUUUGUUUGAUAAUCUAAAUAUCUUGUAGCAUGUCGUGCAGGAAAACUUAUUUUAACACAUUUUAUGGAUGUUGGUUCAGGUAUGAUUUUUAAAAGUAUAUGCUCAUAGAGUGUAUGUCUAGCAUUUAUGCCAUAUGAUCAUAUAUGGUUAAUGCACAUUAUCACACAUUAUCGCAUAAUUAAGUCUCGUAUUCUGUACUUUUUGUAAUCAUAUCUUUAUUGAAGAAGCAUGUAGGAAUGGUUCUUGGCUCACUUGCUUCAGGAACAGUCAUUUUCCUAUAGCUUCUAAUUUAUUCAGCUUUAUUAUAUUACGGAGAUGAUAAUAUUGUUUUACUUUCUAAUGUCUGUGAUAUACAAUUUGCAGUUUACUUACCACAUUAUAUUUAAGUGCACCUACUAGUUUGCAGAAAUGUGCAUUUUUAUUAAACUGUACUGUAAUUUAUUUUGCUUGGUUCUAAUUUAUUUUGCAAAUUAUGUUAAAUCUUGUCUCAUCAUGUGCAUCUCUGUGUUAUUUAUAAAUGAUUGAUAAAUUUCAGGUAAAUUGCAUGCUGCCAGUAUUAUAACUGUUUAGUUUUUAUGCCUACUGUACAAAUCUUGAAAGAGUUGUGAUUAAUUUAAUUGUGAUAUCUUAGUGUAUGUAAGUGUAUUUGUAUACACAGUAACAUGGCAAUAUUAAUAUUUUCUGUAUUACUUCAUAUUUAUGUACAUACAGUAUUCUCAGGUUUGAGAAACAUUAACACUGCAAUGUAGUUAAGGAUAUGACAUGCAACGUAGUAAAAGAUUCACAUGUAAUUUUUGAAGAUAUACUGUGAGGCAGCUAUUGAACAAUUACUGAAAUCAGAAAGUUAUUUUACUAGCAUAUGAUUAGUAAUCAUUCCUUGCACCAUAUGUAUGACCUUACUGUGGCCUAUAGUAAGACGCUCACAAACAUUUGUGUAAAUGUUGAUGAACAUUGUUUGUGAACAAUUUCUAUUCAGACCAAAUCAUUAUAAUUCAUCUGCAUAGUCAGAAAAACAAUAGUAAUUUUAUUGUUGUAUGGUUGUCAGUUGUUGCUUACUAUGAGUCAAAUGGCUAUGCAAAAAUAAGUUACCACCCACUGCAU